AUGACUACCCUUCAUUAUCUCCCCCCCGUGAAGCCCUCCGCCAUUGCGCUGGGAACAAUUUUCACCCACACUGCCUCCCUCGGCAUCUUAGCCCCCGUUUUCGGUGACACCUAUCACCGCGCUCAAGCCGCCAACUCCAAGGAGGAAUUCAUCAAGUCGAAGGAGGCUGCCGGCGCAGCCGCAGCCUGGGGAAGCUCCCUCGCGGGAAGUGCUGUUCAGACUUAUGGUGUGGCUGCACUCAUCAAUGCCACUGGCACACUGAGCUACAAGGGUGCCGCAUACUUGGGUGCGCUUAUUUUCUUCGCAAGCUCAGCCCCAGGCGUUGUGAGCCAGGUGUUCUCUGAGAAGCGACCCCUCGACACUAUCGCUGUCGGUGCGGUCUCGCGGGUGUUUGAGACGGUUGGACUCAGCUUGUUCCUUACCUGGUGGGGAACACGCACCCACCCCUUCGACUAA